UCCUAUUGCGAACGAGAAGUGCCAGUAAAAGCGUUGCGCCUCUCCCGCCCUUACUCCCCCACAGCGGAUCAACAUCCGGGGUACGCCAGAGCGCGUGCCCCGCGGAGCCAAGCCAGAAUGGAUUUUACAGAAGCGUAUGCAGACAGAUGCUCGGCUGUUGGGCUUGCGGCUAGAGAAGGCAACGCCAAACAUCUGAAGAAGCUCAUGAAACGGAGAUACAGCAUCGAUGUUCCUGAUAACAGGGGCUGGAUGGCAAUCCAUGAAGCAGCAUUUCACAAUGCAAGUGAAUGUCUGAAGCUCUUAAUUCGUGCAGCACCCUCUGCUGACUACGUAAGAUCGAAGACUUUUGAGGGCACUCGCCCAUUACACCUUUCUGCAAGUCGUGGAAACUUGGAAUGUGUCGCUCUUCUCUUAGAAUCUGGAUCCGACCCCAAUGAACUUACUGAUGAUGCGACCACACCUUUGUUCUUAGCUGUUGAAAAUGGACAUGCUGAUGUGAUAAAGCUUCUCCUCCAACAUGGAGCAAAUAUUAAUGGGUCCCACUGUUGGUCCGAAUGGAAUUCUUUGCACCAGGCUGUUUUUCAGAACUACCCUGAGAUAUUGAAAUUACUCCUUGACCAAGGAGCUGAGAAAGAUUCUGUGGACGACUUUGGGAUUACACCUUUAUUUGUUGCUGCGCAAUAUGGGAAGCUGGAAUGUUUAAACAUCCUUCUAUCAUACGGAGCCGAGGUUAAUUGUCAGGCCAAGGAUUGGGCCACGCCGCUGUUUAUUGCUGCGCAAGAGGGCAACGACAGAUGUGUGGAGCUCUUGCUAUCCAAGGGGGCAGAUCCAAACCUGUACUGCAAUGAGGAAGAAUGGCAGCUGCCAAUCCAUGCAGCGGCGCAGAUGGGACGUACCAAUAUACUGCGCAUGCUGAUACCAGUUACCAACCGGCGGUGUGGCAGUGCCGAAGGGAAAGUGAGUCCGGUUUAUUCCGCAGUCUAUGGUGGGCAUGAAGAUUGCUUGGAAAUCUUGCUUACGGAAGGUUACAGCCCAGAUGCCCAGGCCUGUCCAGUCUUCAGCUGCAAAUCACCCAUGUCUCUGGCUUUCCAAAAGGGGGCUGGGUUAAUUCUCACUCUUCUGAAGCAUGGGAUCACACUUCUCGAAUCAGAUCUAGGCCUCUGCCUGCACCACAAGAGCGCCUCUUUGUUCCAGCACUUCCUCAGGCGGGGCUGCGGGCUCCCAGGCCGACUGCACCUGGGCGAGUUUUCGAAGUGCGCCGUUGACGCGGGAGGCGAGUACAAAGAGUGGCUGCCAUCUCUCCUGUUGGCCGGGUUCGAUCCGGUGAAUCUUCUUUGUCCGUCAUGGGUUUCCUCCGUAAGCGGCGAUGCUCUUAACUUCCUGCUGGAGUUCGCCAACUGGAAGAGGCUUCCUCAGGAUGCAGAGCAGAUCCUCGCUGGCCACCGGAGGACCUCGAUGUGGGAGCCCUCUAGUCACUUUGAGUGCAUCCCUUCCUUGUCUCAUCUUUGCCGCCUGCAGAUCCGAUCACUUCUAACCAGCGAUCGCCUGCGAUCAGACCAGUUCAUCCGCCAUUUGCCCUUGCCCACUUGCCUGCAGGACUUCUUACUCUACUCGGAUGUAUUGACAAUGUAUGCCAUUUCAGAAUCUGGACUUAGGCUCGGGGACUUGUAUGAAAACAAUGACCUGCCGUCUCUUCCGAGUUCAGAAAGUACGGAAAGAAGAGAGACGUAGCAGGGAGGGUAUCGGCUGUUGGAAAGACCACACGGCAGUGCUGAGUGGAAGCUGCUGCAGCGGUUGGCAUCUCUACAGUUGCUCCCUUUAAGGACUUUUUCUUCAAAUGGGCCUUCAGAUGGACCUUAAACAUUAUUUUCCCUAGAAAUGUUCCAUAUUUAAAUGAAUCAAAACAGUACAGAGGAAGAAAUACGGUUCCUGGUCUAUACAUGACCAGUUCUCUACAGAUUUAGUAUAUGGUCGCCUUCUUUCACAGUAAAAAAUGGAAUUGAUAAAGACA